AUGUGUGAUGAGUGCUUGCAGUACGACUCGUGCAUAUCGCCAUGUAACGAUACAUGUGCUGGAUUACUCUACACACACCUCUAUGGUCACUGUGAUGACAGCUGUGUUGAAGGUUGUAAUUGUCCUGCAGAUCAGUAUUGGGAUGGGAACGAGUGUGUUACAGAAUGCCCAUCAUCUACCACCCCAUACCCACAAACAAUAACAACUGCAAGCUCCACAAAAUCACUACCAACUGAAACUACUAUGCCAAAAACUAUAUUUACUACAACUGAGAGAAGUGGCAGUGGAGAACAAUCAACUGUUCCUUCUACAAAACAACAAACUACAGCAGAAAUAAUAACUACUAAGCCAACAACAACUAUGACUACUGAAGGAACCACUGAAGGAAGUGGCAAUGAAGAACAAUCAACUGUUCCUUAUACAAAACAACAAACUACAACAGAAAUAAUAACUACUAAGCCAACAACAACUAUGACUACUGAAGGAACCACUGAAGGAAGUGGCAAUGAAGAACAAUCAACUGUUCCUUAUACAAAACAACAAACUACAGCUGAAACAGUAACUACUAAGCCAACAACUACACUGACUGCAGAACCAACAACUACAAUAACUACUGAAGGAACCACUGAAGUAAGUGGAGAACAAUCAACUACAGCUGAAACAGUAAUUACUAAGCCAUCAACUACACUAACUACUGAAAGAACCACUGAAGGAAGUGGCAGUGAAGAACAAUCAACUGUUCCAUAUACAAAACAACAAACGACAGCUGAAAUAAUAACCACUAAGCCAACAACUACACUAACUACAAAGCCAACAACUACACUAACUACUGAAAGAACCACUGAAGGAAGUGGCAGUGAAGAACAAUCAACUGUUCCAUAUACAAAACAACAAACGACAGCUGAAAUAUUAACCACUAAGCCAACAACUACACUAACUACUGAAGGAACCACUGAAGGAAGUGAAGAACAAUCAACUACAGCUGAAACAGUAACUAUUAUGCCAACAACUACACUAACUGUAAAGCCAACAACUACACUAACUACUGAAGGAACCACUGAAGGAAGUGGCAGUGAAGAACAAUCAACUAUUCCUUAUACAAAACAACAAACUACAGCUGAAAUAAUAACCACUAAGCCAACAACUACACUAUCUACUGAAGGAACCACUGAAGGAAGUGAAGAACAAUCAACUAAAGCUGAAACAGUAACUACUAAGCCAACAACUACACUAACUGCAGAGUCAACAACUACACUUACUACUGAAGGAACCACUGAAGGAAGUGAGCCAACAACUACACUAACUACUGAAGGAACCACUGAAGGAAGUGGCAGUGAAGAACAAUCAACUAUUCCUUAUACAAAACAACAAACUACAACUGAAAUAAUAACCACUGCACCAACAACUACACUAAUUACUGAAGGAACUACUGAAGGAAGUGAAGAACAAUCAACUACAGCUAAAACAAUAACUACUAAGCCAACAACUACACUAACUGCAGAGCCAACAACUACACUAACUACUAAAGGAACCGUUGAAGGAAGUGGCAGUGAAAAACAAUCAACUAUUCCUUAUACAAAACAACAAACUACAACUGAAAUAAUAACCACUACACCAACAACUACACUAACUACUGAAGGAACUACUGAAGGAAGUGAAGAACAAUCAACUACAGCUGAAACAGUAACUACUAAGCCAACAACUACACUAACUACAAAGCCAACAACUACACUAACUACUGAAUGGACCACUGAAGGAAGUGGCAGUGAAGAACAAUCAACUGUUCCUUAUACAAAACAACAAACUACAGCUGAAAUAAUAACCAGUACACCAACAACUACACUAACAACUGAAGGACCCACUGAAGAAAGUGAAGAACAGUCAACUACAGCUGAAACAUUAACUACUAAGCCAGCAACUACAUUAACUACAAAUCCAACAACUACACUAACUCCUGAAGGAACCACUGAAGGAAGCGGCAGUGAAGAACAAUCAACUGUUCUUUAUUCAAAACAACCAACUACAGCUGGAACAAUAACUACACCAGCCACUGAAAAAUCCACUGAAGGAAAUGGCAGUGGAGGGCAAUCAACUGUUACCCGUACAACACAAACAACUACUUCUAUGGAAGGCUCAACCCAGUGUAUUCCAGUUAGUGAUGAACUGUGCCAGUACUUUCUGUCUGAUGUAUUUGUUGAGUGCGAAAAUAAUACCAAACGAUUAGAAUAUUACAAUUCUUGUUUCAACCUCUGUAGACAUAAGUACUGUGCAUUUCUAGAAGACUUUGCUAAGCAAUGUAAAUCUGACUGUAUGCAUUGGAGAAACCAAGCAUGUCCUGCUGUUGAAUGUCCCUAUGGUUUGGAAUACAUGGAAUGUGGAAACACGUGUAAUAACACGUGCAACAAUAACUGUGAUGGAAGUAUACAACCUGGGUGUUACUGCCCACAUGGCACUUAUGAUAAAAAUGGAAAUUGUUGUCCAUGUUGCAUCGCUGAGAUGGGGUGUCCAGAAGAUUUACCACCACCAACUUGUGCUCCUGGGCUUGAACUAUACUCACAUACUGAUGACAGUGGAUGUUGUUCACGAACAGUUUAUACAUGUUCUUGCCCAUCAGAAUGCGACCCAUUACCAGAUUGUGAUGCACAAAAUGAAGUGCUUGAAUUCGUUGAUGUGGGUGUGUGUUGUCCCUUAUACAGAUGUAGACAGAAAUGUGUUCCGAAAGAGCAGGAACCACAGACGAUCGAGAUUGAUGGAUGUAUGUCAGUACAUCCUAUUAAACACAAUGAGUGCCACGGCGAAUGUAUAUCCGUGUCAAGGUAUUCCCACAAAACCAAUGAAAUGCUAAAUACCUGGGACUGUUGUCAACCAAUAGAAAUUCAAACAAAAACAGUUUCAUUAUUAUGUGAAGACGGCAGAGAAGAUGUGUAUGAAUAUAAAUAUAUUGCGGAAUGUCAGUGCCGUUCAUGUGGGACUCCUACUAACACAUCUUGUAUCCCAACUUGGACUGGUUGGAUGGAUGAUGAUCCGCACGAGACGGUCGAUCCUUUAGCUGAAGGAGAAUUUGAGCUAUAUAGUGACUUGCACGAUUUAUAUGAUUUCUGUGAAUCACCAGUUGACAUAGAGUGUCGUGUAAAAUCUCCAUACGAACAUGUGACAGGUCCUCCACAUGAUUCAAGUGGUCAGCAGGUUUCCUGUGAUGUUGAUGAAGGCUUAAGAUGUUAUCAUUCAGAUCAGAUGCCAUCUAUAUGCUACAAUUAUGAAAUUCGUGUCCUGUGUUUCGAGUAUUCUUAG